AAGUGGCGGCGUUUGAGAUUUGGAAUUGGGCAAAACGGGAUUCUGGAAGGCGGUGGACUGUUUUCCGCGGCGGUCCCGCAGGCGGGAGCGGUUGCAGCAUUGUUUGCUGACAGUCCCAUUUUUCUACUGGAACUUGUGCCAUUGUUGUAGGCCAUGGCAGCUCGACGUCCUAAUGGGCCAACUCUAGGCAAUAAGAUCUGUCAGUUCAAAUUGGUGCUCCUGGGAGAGUCAGCUGUUGGGAAAUCAAGCCUUGUCUUGCGCUUUGUAAAAGGACAGUUUCAUGAGUAUCAGGAGAGCACCAUUGGAGCUGCUUUCCUAACGCAGACCAUUUGCUUAGAUGAUACCACAGUCAAGUUUGAAAUAUGGGAUACAGCUGGACAGGAGCGCUACCACAGCCUGGCCCCCAUGUAUUAUCGAGGGGCACAAGCUGCCAUAGUUGUUUAUGACAUCACUAAUAUGGAUACCUUUGUGCGUGCCAAGAAUUGGGUGAAGGAACUGCAAAGGCAAGCUAGUGCUAGCAUUGUCAUUGCCCUGGCAGGGAACAAGGCUGACCUGGCCAGCAAACGAGCUGUUGACUUUCAGGAAGCCCAGAUCUAUGCAGAUGACAACAGCUUGCUGUUUAUGGAAACAUCAGCGAAGACAGCAAUGAAUGUGAAUGAGGCUUUUGUGGCAAUAGCAAAGAAACUUCCCAGAAAUGAACCACAGAGUACAACAGGAACAGCAGGCAAGAAUCUAAACAUCAGCCUCCAGGAGAAUACCCAAUCUAGCAAGGGGCAAUGUUGCAGCCACUAAGGAUUCUUGUCUGGCAGCUCCAGUUGGAAUGUGUCUGAAUCAAUUGCACUUACAAGAUCAGCUGCCAGGAUCUUUCC